CACACACACCCAGAGCUUUUCUGGGGUUUAGCUCGUAUGUAUUCGGUCUAUGGCUUAGCUGCUGUGUUUAUUUUGGAGGAAACGAAACGAAACGAAAAAAACGACGUAUUCAUACAACGUCAUUCAGAAAUAAUUACGUCUGUUGGCAAUCAAACAUGGCUGCCCAGUGUGUCAUAAAGGUAGAGCUGACCGUGUCCUGUGAGAAUCUGUUGGACAGAGACAUCGGCUCAAAGUCGGACCCUUUAUGCGUCCUGUUAAUGAGUUCCUCCAAGUCCCAGUGGUAUGAGGUGGAACGCACAGAGAAAGUACAGAACUGCCUCUGUCCAAAGUUUUCCAAGAAGUUUGUCAUUGACUACUACUUUGAGAUUGUGCAGAAGCUAAAGUUUGGGAUUUACGACAUCGACAACAAGACGAUUGAUCUGAGUGAUGACGACUUCCUGGGUGAAUUGGAGUGCACGUUGGGACAAGUUGUGUCGAGUAAAAAACUGACCCGCCCACUUGUCUUGAAGAACAAAUCACCUGCAGGAAAAGGGACAAUCACAAUCAGUGCUGAAGAAAUAAAAGACAACAGGGUGGUGAAUUUUGAAGUGCAAGCAAGGAAACUGGACAACAAGGACUUCUUUGGGAAGUCUGACCCCUACCUGGAAUUAUACAAGCAGACAGAGACAGGAUGGCAGCUGGCUCACAGAACCGAGGUGGUGAAGAACAACUUGAAUCCAUCAUGGCGACCCUUUCGAAUUCCUCUCCAGUCUCUCUGUGGUGGAGAUAUGGAGAAACCUAUAAAGGUGGAGUGUUAUGACUAUGACAGCGAUGGCUCACAUGACCUCAUUGGAACCUUUGAGACCACAAUGACAAGCUUGCAGGCUGCGUCGAAGACUUCUCCAGCAGAGUUUGAAUGCAUCAACAGUAAGAAGAAACAGAAGAAAAAAGGCUACAAGAACUCCGGUGUUGUGAGCAUAAAGCAGUGCCAGGUAGUGAAGGAGUAUACAUUCCUGGAUUAUAUUAUGGGAGGCUGUCAAAUCAACUUCACUGUGGCUGUUGACUUCACAGGUUCCAAUGGGGAUCCCAGGUCUCCCCAGUCACUGCACUACAUCAGCCCUCAGGGUGUUAAUGAGUAUCUCUCUGCUAUCUGGUCUGUGGGCAAUGUCAUCCAGGACUAUGACAGUGACAAGAUGUUCCCUGCCUUUGGCUUUGGAGCACAGAUUCCUCCAUCCUGGCAGGUUUCCCAUGAGUUUCCGCUCAAUUUCAAUCCUUCAAAUCCAUUUUGUGCAGGGGUUGAAGGAAUGGUUGAGGCCUACAGGUUGUGUCUGCCUCAGGUCAAACUCUACGGUCCAACCAACUUCUCUCCCAUCAUCAAUCACGUGGCCUGCUUUGCUAAACAGGCCCUUCAGCAAACCACUGCAUCGCAAUACUUUGUCCUGCUCAUCAUCACUGAUGGCGUGAUCACAGACAUGGAUGAGACACUCAGCGCCAUCGUCAAUGCCUCCCGUCUUCCCAUGUCCAUCAUCAUUGUCGGAGUAGGAGGGGCCGACUUUGCCGCUAUGGAGUUCUUAGAUGGAGACGAUGGUCGUCUGCGCUCUCAGACGGGAGAAGCAGCCAUGCGAGACAUUGUCCAAUUUGUGCCGUUCAGGAAAUUCCAAAAUGAUUGUCGAGAAGCACUUGCCAAAAGUGUGUUGGCUGAAGUUCCGGGUCAGGUUGUGGAGUUUUUCAGUGCUAUGAAGCUAACUCCAGUCAUCACCAACGCUGUACCAAAUCCUGCAGGGACCAUCUGAAUUUAGGAACAACGCAGAAAAGGACCAGUCGCCAACACAGACCCAUACCACCUCCAGCACAUUAAUUGACUUCUUCAAAGGUGCAGAGUCCAGCUUCACAAAUGCUCUGACUGAGCCUCCUCAACCCUUCUAUUUCAACAACAUGCGAGUGGCCAAGAUUAACUCCACACAGCUGACAAAUCCUUAUAUCCACUUUUAAAAGCACUUAUAUCUAAAUAGCUCUAGUAUUUGCUAAAUAUGAAGGUCUGUGUGACCUCCUUAUUCUUACCUAGAAUUUUAGUACUCUCCGUAUACUUUCAAACAUCAUUUUACUGAAAUUCCUUGUGACGGUAGUAACACUUAUGUUGGAUGAAUAGGUUGAUUAACCCUGAACUAAGUCUAAAAAUGCACAUCUGCUUUUAACUGUAGAACUAAAAUAAAAUAUGAGCAUUUGAUGCUGUAUUCCCUAGUACCAUAGUAGUUUAAACCAUAGAAUGGAGCAAACAUUGAAGUAUUUAGUUGAUUGGUCUGAUCUCUUUU